AUGGCGGAUCGUCUCAACAGAAGUCGACGGGACAAGCUCGACUGGGCCGCCAAGUUAGGCUUGGGGCCACUGGCAGGCGGCGAAGCAGUGCCCGGGCAAGGCCCCGUGCCGGGCAAUGCCCGGGAGGCGCAAACCCAACGAAAACAGGCCGAGGAGAUGGCGGAGCUGCGCCGGCGCAUCGAUGAGAAGCAGGCCGAGGUGGCCGCGUCGAAGCCGCCGCAGCCAGAGGAGGAGGUGGAUGCUUCCGGCUUCUUGAAUCCGAACGCCAAGGCCAGUGGGAAGAAAAAGGUGGCGCCCAAAAGUGUCCUCGAGCUACGGAUUGGCCAGAAGCCAACUGUGGUUGUCACCUCGCGACCGGACGACGAGCCGCCACAAGGGCCUGCGGACCAAGAGCCAGAGGAAGAAAAGGAUGAGAAGAACCUGAAGGCAGAGCGGCGGGCCAAGCAGAAGGCUGCGACAAGAUUCCAGGAUGUCGAGGAGGAGUAUUCCCUUGAUAGCCAGGGCCGCGAAAAUCGGCGGGGUAGAAAGAAAAAGAGAAGAGCAGGGAGAUGCGAUGAGGACUCGGAGGAGGACAGGCGCUACCGAAGCCGUUCGGGUGCGGGCGGGCGCCUUUCGGAGGAUCCAUAUGCACGGGGUCGCGGAGACCGAAGUCGUUCAUACGAUCGAUACUACGACGAUGAUGACGACUCUUCGGAAAUAAGAAGACGAAAAAGGCAAAAGGAGAAGAGGUUGCGGGAGGAGUGGAGAAAAGAGUGGAAGAAAAAGAAGGAGAUGGAUAAACGCAGGGCAGGUGGACGCUCAUCAGACGAAGAGAGUGAGCCUUGUGAUCUCGAAAAGCGUGCAGAUGGGAGCGCCGAAAGGAGUCCCGGCCGCCAGCUCCUGUCAAAGAAGGAGAUCGGCGUUCCCGAGGCUCAGGUUGACCAUGUUGGAGGUGUGCAGAGAAAAUAUGUCGGGCAGCUACGAGACUCGGAGCUCGACGAACGGCUGCGCCGGGCCGAACUGGCUCUCUACGGCGGGUCGAGGAAGCUGCUGACAGAGGCCGAGGCCAUCGCUCUCCUGCAAGGAGGUGGCAACCCGCCUGGCUUCGUGCCUGCAGACGGUGGCAAAGUGGGGUGCAAGCAGCUCGUUCAGUCUUGCACCAACGAAGACACUGACCAACAGCUGGUGAUGUCCAACGGGACGCCGUUGGACGAAGUACCCGAGCCGGUGGAGAGGGCCGGCACGGCCGCUGUGGUGCAGCGCCGGGUGCAGAGAGCCCGCAUCAGAGUGCUGCAGGCUCCGGUGAGCGGGCCUCUGCCGAUAUAUUGUCGGUGCCCCUUACGCGCGACACCCUUGGAGAAGGUGUGGCUUUUCCGGCUGCUCAUAAAGCUUGCACCGAUGGUCAAGUGGGACGAAUGUGAAAAGAUUCAGUGCGUGUGCUCCGCGGCGCAUCUGGAUUUCCUUGAGUUGCCACUGCGAAUCUGCACAACAAAGCUGCGUGGCUGCAUGCCUUGGAUUCUGCUGGAAAGGGCCGAGCAGCUCUGCGAUGUUGUGGCUAUAGAGAUGAAACUGCAGCAGAUUUGUGGAUUCCCGACAGGGCUGACGCUCCCGAAAGUCACCAGAGUCAAAGUAUUCUGCUGGGAGCCUGCAGCGGCGCUAUCUGAGAACGCAUUUUGCGAGAUUUACAGAGUUUUUCCGAACCUUGAGCGGCUGCAUCUGGACAUGCUCCCAAGCCUGCUGCCUCCACUGUGCCUCUCGAAAUUUGUGGCUUUGCCUGAUUUUCGCAUCAGCUUUCACGAAGUUCCAGGCACAGCUCAUGGAGAGGGGGUGGAGGGUAGUUACUUUCUUGCCGCCAACCUGCUGACGAUGCCCUUCGCCGGCGAAGGCCUCUUAGGCGGCGUCUUCCAAAGGCUCGUUCGCCUCCAGAUGGAUGCUCUCGCCGGAUUGUCCGGAGGUGCGCUCCUGCACAUGGCCACUGCCCUGCGCGGAGCACGCGCCUUGAGGCGCCUGGGUACCAUCUCGGCACCGAUGCUUCGUUUGCUGGAUCCAGCGAGCGAAGCUUUCCAGCUGGAGGAGGUGGUAAUAGCCAUGGGUCUGGAGGAUUCCCUCGGCCUGUUCACCUUCAUGCUGCCACUGACCCAGUUGGAGAAGAGAUGCAGUAUCCGGAGGUUGGGCAUACACUUGCAAGCUCCGGAUGCCCUGAUCAAGCCACCAGAGGAAGUUGAAAACUUCCUGUGCGCUGGCUUCUACAGCUUGGCCAAGGACUGUCUCGCACCGGAUGCUUUCCUGAACUUCUCGCAAAGCCAGGAGCAGCUGGUUGAGACGGUUAUCUUCCAGCUUCCCUACCUGGACGAGCACUUCUUCGGUCUGGACAUGGCCAACUACGGUCCAGAUAAGGUGGCAGGCACUACCCCCAUGGAUCAGCCAAUGAAAAAGAUGGAGGCCUUAGCAGAACUCCGGCCGAUGGGCACGCUCAUCUCGGGCCCGCUGCGCCCCGUCUCUUUGGGUACUUGGCCAGGGCAUGAAACUUCGGCGACGCGAUCGGUGACUUUGCCUUGGCAUAUGUUCCAGUCGCCGGGCGUCACCAUGAAGAUGCUACACGUCGUUGAAGGCUUGUCGAACUGGAGACGUGAGAUGGGUUUUCAUGCUUUCUGA